AUGUCUCGACCAUCCACUGGUGCGCGAUUCAUCCGCACUAUCGUCAAGAACGAUGCCGUCAGGGCUGAUCCACCUGAGAUCUAUGGAUGGCGUGCGUUUGCCAUGGCUGGCUCUGCCUGCUUCGGAGGCAUGUUGUUCGGGUUUGAUAUCGGUACCAUUGGUGGUGUCCUUGAACUGCCCGAGUUCCAAAAGAAAUACGACAUUACAAGGCUGAACAAGGUCGGCAAGGCCAACUUGAACGCCAAUAUUGCCUCGACACUUCAAGCUGGAUGCUUCGUUGGUUGCUUCAUCUCAUCCUGGGCAGCUGACAAGUGGGGUCGAAAGAUUGCUUUGCAGCUCAAUGGUCUUAUCACCAUUGUUGGCUGCGCCAUCCAAGCUCUUGCCAUGGGACACCUUGAGGCCAUGUACAUUGGCCGUCUCGUAGCCGGUGUCGGUGUCGGUGGUGCAUCCAUGGUCGUCCCUCUGUACAUCUCUGAAAACGCGCCUCGUGGAAUUCGUGGUGGUCUCACCGGUCUCUACCAACUAUUCAUCGCCACUGGAACCUGUCUCGCCUUCUGGGUCAAUUAUGGGUCUCUCAUGCAUCUCAGUGGUAGCGCCAAGGUGUACAUCGUCCCGCUCGCAAUGCAGGCUCUACCCGCCGUCCUUCUCGUCGGUUGCAUGGCGCUGAACAAGGAGUCUCCGCGUUUCCUGGCUAAGCAAGACCGUUGGGAAGAAGCCACGAAUGUGCUUGCCCGUAUCCGAAACUUGCCGACUUCACACGCCUAUGUCCAGGACGAGAUCAAGGACAUCGCGGAUCAGCUUGAGCAUGAACGCAUGCUUGUCGCCGGUGCCACCGUCAAGGACCUCCUGAAGGAGAUGUUUACAAUCCCAGGCAACCGCAAGCGCGCUCUCAUCUCCAUCGGCUUGAUGAUCUGCCAGCAGAUGACCGGUACUAAUGCUAUCAACUACUACGCGCCCCAGAUCUUCAAAGCUCUCGGACUCGUCGGUAACGAGAACAAGCUCUUCGCGACUGGUAUCUACGGUAUCGUGAAGAUGGUUGGCUGCCUCUGCUUCUUGAUUUUCGCUGCCGACUCGCUUGGUCGCCGCCGGUCGCUCCUCUGGACUUCAAUCGCCCAGGGUGCGUCUAUGUAUUACAUCGGUCUCUACAUGCGCAUCGACCCACCGGUGGAGGGAAAGUCCGUACCAGGCGCUGGCUACUUCGCCCUUGUCUGUGUGUUCCUAUUCGCCUGCUUCUUCCAGUUUGGCUGGGGUCCUGUUUGCUGGAUCUAUGUCUCGGAAAUUCCUGCUGCUCGUCUCCGUUCGCUCAAUGUCGCCAUCGCAGCAGCGACACAAUGGCUGUUUAAUUUUGUAGUCGCUCGUGCUACUCCGAAUAUGAUGGCUACGGUUGGCAAGGGUGGUUACGGUACCUUCCUCAUCUACGGCUCCUUCUGCUUCUCCAUGUUCUUCUUUGUCUGGUUCCUUAUUCCCGAGACCAAGGGUCUCUCGCUCGAGAAGAUGGACGAUAUCUUUGGUAUCACCGAGCUCGUCAAGAACAUUGAGGCUGAUCGCGAGGCCCACGCCCACGACCACGCCACCGAGCUUGAUAUCGAUGGCAAGAAUGUUGUACGUGAGGAGCGCAAGGAGGUCGCCAACUAAGAGAUCGCAUGAAAAGGGCUAUUGAUUGGGAUCUGCGGUUUGAGAUGUUC